CAGUGUUUUCUCUUUUGAAAUGGUACUGGCUCCUCCAAUCGAUAUGGGAACUUUUUGUCUAUUCCACACAGUGCAUAUCUUUUAAUGUGAUAUGCAUGUUUCCUGUGACAAACUUAAAGAGCGACUACCCUUUAAAAAGUUUCUGAUUUUGAAAAUGGCCUAUGUGGCAUCGUCAUGAGUUAGACACAUUUAUUCUAGUGUCAAGAUUGACUACAAAGUGUAAAGUCAGUCUCGUCCAAAACAGAGAUUUGCAAGAUGGGGAAUAAAAUGUUACGUCACGGAUGAAGGGUACAUUUACAGAGUGAAGGGGAGAUGUCUAGUAGUACCCAGCUGAGCAUCCGGCAUUGGACCACCAAGCACGUUGCCAAGUGGCUGAAGGACGAGGGCUUCUGCCACUAUGUAGACCUACUGUGCAACAAGCACCGUCUGGAUGGCAUGUCCUUACUCACCCUAAGUGAAUACGACCUCCGCUCUCCCCCACUGGAACUCAAGGUGCUGGGGGACAUCAAGAGGCUGAUGGUGUCCCUCCGCAAGCUGCAGAAACAAAACCUGGAUAUCCUGGAGGAGCUGGGGGUCCCAUUCGACGGACACUCGCCUCCGGGUGGGGACUGGCACUGCAACGGAGACUCCAGUAGAGAGUGCGAUAACUCUAACACAGACACAGCACCGGUUGGAGAGCAGUAUCUUGAGUAUAGGAAUGGGAAGUACAAGCAUGGAGGGAGCGGGAGGCUGGACCCUGAGUACUGGAAGACGGCGCUUAGUGCCAUCUAUGUGGUGUUUGUGUUCGGAUUUACCUCUUUCGUUAUGGUGAUCGUGCACGAGAGGGUGCCGGACAUGCGCACUUACCCUCCCUUGCCAGACAUUUUCUUAGACAGUGUACCUAGAAUACCAUGGGCCUUUGCCAUGGCAGAGGCAUGUGGAGUCAUCCUGUGUAAUAUCUGGCUGCUAGUUCUGCUGCUGCACAAGCACAGGUCCAUCCUGCUGCGGCGGCUGUGCAGCCUCAUGGGGACAGUGUUUAUGCUGCGUUGCAUCACCAUGUUCGUGACCUCCCUGUCAGUGCCAGGACAGCACCUGCAGUGCUCAGGAAAGGUGUAUGGUGAUAUGUGGGCCAAACUGCAUCGAGCUCUGGCCAUAUGGAGUGGAUUUGGAAUGUCCCUCACAGGGGUCCAUACGUGUGGGGACUACAUGUUCAGUGGUCACACGGUGGUCAUCACCAUGCUCAACUUCUUUGUGACAGAAUACACCCCGCGGGGAUGGAACUUCAUCCACACCUUGUCCUGGGUCCUGAACUUGUUUGGCAUCUUCUUUAUCCUGGCGGCCCAUGAACACUAUUCCAUCGACGUCUUCAUCGCCUUCUACAUCACGACCAGGCUGUUCCUGUACUACCACACGCUGGCUAACACCAGGGCCUACCAGCAGAGUCGCAGGGCCCGCAUUUGGUUCCCCAUGUUCUCCUUCUUCGAAUGCAACGUCAACGGCCCCGUGCCCAACGAGUACGGGUGGCCCUUCUCUAAACCCACCAUGAUCAGGAGCAUGAUUGGGUACUAGGUGGAGUACACUGGUCUGCGAUGCAGCCACCGCGACGUUGAUCUCUUCUAACACUGUUUACUCUGAGACCCGUUGUGUUCUUUUGCUGCUGCCGCUGCCUUCAAGGAGUUGCCAACUGUGGUUGUGUGAUAUUGACUUUAUAUUCCAAUGUCUGCAGAGACUGCAAGCUGAGAAUGCUUGUAGGAUCCUAUCGGUGCCACGGUGCGACAGGGUACGGGAGACUUGACUACUCAUAUUCUGUGACUUAGUGGUCGGCUGGCGUUUGUCCCACGGCAGCCUGUUGAAAGGGAUUAAACUAUGUGUCCAAAAUGACACACAACUCAUUUUAUAAUGCACUACUUUAGACCAGAGCCCUAUGGCCUCUCGUCAAAAAUAAUGCACUACGUAGGGAAUAGGGUGCCGUUUUGGAUACAUGCUAAAGACUAAUUAUCUUAAUUUGAAAAGGGAUUGAGAUUUUUGAAGAUAUUUCCCACACCUUUUGCCAUGAUCAAUAACCAGGUAACAGAUAUGAUGUAAGUGCUUUAGUCAACUCAUCUCUUGUUAUGCCUUACGGUGUAAGGCAUGACAGCGAACUCAACAGACGAGUUGGCUAAAGCACAAACUGACCUGCUACUGCCAGGCUUGCAUUUCCACGCUUAACAGCUCUUAACUUGCAGUCUGAGGGAACGUUGAAGGUAAUAAGCAAGCUAGAGGUUUGGGGAAAAACAUGAAAGCGGAAUUCUCAGGCAGCCUAUUGUAACCAAAAAAAAAUAUUUUUUAAGUCCAAUAGAAUUUGUUAAUCUAAAAUUCAACAGUAUUAUAUUUAAAAAAUCUUCAUUUAUAUAUCCUGAGAAAUUAGGGUAUAAUAUUAUUGUGGUUUUAUCUGGCUCUAAUACAGGUAUGGCCCACUUCUUUUUUUUUUUUUAAAUAAAUUUUCAAAAUGUCAAAUGAUACUGUUCCUGAAUUUCUGUAUAACAAUAUCUAAGUUCCAGAUGUUGUGACCGGUCUUGUUACUUGUUUAUCUUUAUUAAUUUGGGUAGUGUGAAAAGCUUCUGCAUUCCUUAAGACACUACUGUGGGUUUUGGCUGUUUUACUAGAAUGCUGAAUUAGUCAUGUUGACAUGAACUACAUGACCAAAAGUAUGUGGACAUCUGCUUGUCGAACAUCUCAUUCCAAAAUCAUGGGUGUUAAUAUGGAGUUGGUCCCUGCCCUCUUGCUGCAAUAACAGCCUCUACUCUUCUGGGAAGUCUUUCCACUAGAUGUUGGAACAUUGCUGCUGGGACUUAAUUCCUUUCAGCCACAAGCAUUAGAGGUCGGGCAUUGAUGUUAGGCAAUUAAGCUGGGCUCGCCGUUGGUAUUUCAAUUCAUCACAAAGCUGUUCGAUGGGGUUGCGGUCAAUGUCUCUGUGUAGGCCAGUCAAGCUCUUCCACACCGAUCUCGACAAACCAUUUCUGUAUGGACGUCGCUUUGUGGGCGGGGGCAGUGUCAUGCUGAAACAGGGAAGGGCCUUCCACAAAGUUGGAAGAACAGAAUUGUGUAGAAUGUCAUUGUAUGCUGUAGCGUUAAGAUUUCCCUUCACUGGAACUAAGCGGCCUAGCCCAAACCAUGAAAAACAGCCCCAGACCUCAGUAGUGAGUGUUGCAACCGAGGACAGACAUUUAAAAAAAAUAAUAAUAAUAAUUAUAAUGUAUGCGCUUCAGCACUCGGCGGUCCCGUUCUGUGAGCUUGUGUGGCCUACCACUUUGCGGCUGAGCCGUUGUUGCUCCUAGAUGUUUCCACUUCAUAAUAACCACACUUACAGUUGACCAUGGCAGCUCUAGCAGGACAGAAAUGUAACGAACUGGCUUGUUGGGAAGGUGGCAUCUGAGCUCCUCAAUAAGGCCAUUCCACUGCCAAUGUUUGUCUAUGGAGCUUGCGUGGCGGUGGUCUUUUUUUAUACACCUGUCAGCAACGAGUGUGGCUGAAAACGCCGAAUCCACUAAUUUGAAGAGGUGUCCACAUACGUGUAUAUAAUAUAUUUGGUUUCCUUUUAUAAUAUUUGUAUUGUUCAGUUAAUCCUACCUUUUUCCGAACUAUACCUUGCCGUAAACGGGGAUGUUACCCCCAAGGAGAUCGCAAAAAGCAGCCAAAACUAUGGAAUGGAAAAUGGUGAACAAUCGUUUUUAAAUAUCAUUCCAUUUGCCAAUAACUUUAGGUGUUUAUAGUAACAUUGUCUUUUUUAUAAGAACUGUAUAUCUCAGAUGUUGCGUACUCGCUUGUAAUUUAGUAAAUGCCCAGGCUUCGCGAUUAACAUACAAGGAUAUAAAUUCUUACAAAAAUAGUUUUACUACUUCCACAGAUCCCUUGGACUGUCUUAAUUUAUUUAAUUUUGUAUAUGUCAAUAGAAUUGUUUUAUUUAAUUCAAUAUUUGAUGUACAGAAAGGAUAUUGCAAUAUACACUUGAACAGGAAUAUGUUUACAGUUGUGGGGAAAUAUAUUUGUUUAAAACACAAUGUGCUUUUAUGUAUAGAUUGAUUUUUCAGAAUCAUCCUCUCACCCAAAUCAUUAAAAACAAAUUCGGACCAACACAAACCCCCGUCACUCAAAUCAGAUCUGAAAUGGCCAUUAAUGGUAUUGGUUACAACCCACUUUUGUAAGACAAUUAAGGGUUACUUUACUGGGCAGAGACGUCAAUUCAACGUCUAGUUUUUAAAUGUAUCCUACAAUUGAUUUGAAUUCACGCAAGUUGGCAACUCAAUGUAAGAAAAUAUAGAUUUGAACUAUGUCAUUGGAUUUAAGUCGGGUGAAAAAAGGACACAUUUUCCAAAUUCAUCUUAUGUUGAUGACUUCUUGAAUCUAAUCAGUUAUCCACCUUGAUUCAUCUUAAUCAAAUUUGUUUCUACGUCAUAGAUUUUUUUAUGUUGAUUCUACCGGUUUGUGUCAAGUCUCAUCUCCAUCCCAUGUUUUAUUUGGAAUUUCAGCUGUGGAAUAGUUACUAGAUCCCUUACAUGCUAUGAGUCUUAUUUCCCCCCCCCUCCCUAAUAAAGUAAUGACGAACUUCUGACUAAUGCCAGCUCGUGCUAACUGCAAAUCUAUCAUUUACUGCUAAGAUGAUUUUUAUUUUUUUGAUAUAUACAGGAGAAUUAUGACUUCAUGUAUUUGUUCUUGUCACUUUUAACCCCCUCUAAUAAAUUGUUACUAAUCCUUAUCACUGGUGUGGUUAUAAUGGUAUGUUACAUACCUCCAAGAUGCAGUAAUUGGCUACCAUUUUGAAAUGUAGCGAUCACACAGUGUGGUUGUAUUGGGUUAAUUGAUUAAUGUCCUGCAAAUGACAUGUCUUUACCAUCAUUAAACAGUUGACAUCAA